CAGCAGGAGCGCGCCGUGGCGGUGCAGUCGCAACCUCGCCUUCCCAGCCGCGAACACGCCGCCUCCUUCCCAGCAGCGGGCCCCGCAGCUCCCGGCCGCCGCCGCCGGGUCCGCGCUCCUGUCGGCUCGCCACCGCCAGGACCUCCCCUCAUCACACCCAGCCCGCCGCGAUUUCCUCCUGCCAGCCAGCCUCUUGGAACUCUCGGGAUCUUUUCCUUUGCUCGCCUCUUUCGUAUUUUCUCCGUCCAGUAUUUUCUCAACUCGUUUUCCUCUAUCCUGAGCCACAGUGCUUUUUUCUCUUUUUAUUGAGGAUUUCUAUUUGACUUAAAAUGACUUGUCUUCCUUACCUUCGUGCGUUUCAGCCCUGAAGACUGAAAAGGAGGCUGUAUUUUUUCCCCCUCAGUGGCACUUGAAGACCUCAAUCCUUAAAAGUCUAAGAGGCAAAGGAACAGAACGCGGGACCUUCUGGAGACCCUUCAGUUCAAUCCAGAACUGCACUAGCAACCAUCACUAAUAUUUUAUUUACCCCCCCCCCCCCGCCCCCGGAGAGGAGGCAGAGAGGAGCGGAAGCAAACUUCAGCGGUCUCCAAGGAUCCGUGGUUCCUGCAUUUGGAGAAGCCCCGUGCCAGAAGGCGGAGGACCCCACGGGGAACGAGGAGGAGCCACGAGCCUCCCCUGUCCCCUCUGCGAGGCCGGAGCCGUGGACUGAGCCGCGCGGGACAGCAGCGGCAGAGGCGGCAGGGUGAAGAUGCGGGGCUCGGGGCCCCGGGGUGCGGGACGCCUGCGGCCCCCGGGCGGCGGUGGCAGGAACCCCCCCAGCCCCCCUGCGUCUCUGGCCGGCUGCUACUCCGCCCCUCGCAGGGCCCCCCUCUGGACGUGCCUUGUCCUGUGCGCCGCGCUCCGGACCCUCCUGGCCAGCCCCAGCAACGAAGUGAAUUUACUGGAUUCACGUACUGUCAUGGGCGACCUGGGAUGGAUUGCUUUUCCGAAAAAUGGGUGGGAAGAGAUUGGUGAAGUUGAUGAAAAUUAUGCCCCUAUCCACACAUACCAAGUAUGCAAAGUUAUGGAACAGAAUCAGAAUAACUGGCUUUUGACCAGUUGGAUCUCCAAUGAAGGUGCUUCCAGAAUCUUCAUAGAACUCAAGUUUACUCUGCGGGACUGCAACAGCCUUCCUGGAGGCCUGGGGACCUGUAAGGAGACUUUUAACAUGUAUUACUUUGAAUCAGAUGAUGAGAAUGGGAGAAACAUCAAGGAAAACCAGUACAUCAAAAUUGAUACCAUUGCUGCCGAUGAAAGUUUUACAGAACUUGAUCUUGGUGACCGCGUCAUGAAACUGAAUACGGAGGUCAGAGAUGUGGGACCUCUAAGCAAAAAGGGAUUUUAUCUUGCUUUUCAAGAUGUGGGUGCUUGCAUUGCUCUGGUUUCUGUGCGCGUGUACUAUAAAAAAUGCCCUUCUGUGGUACGACACUUGGCUGUCUUCCCUGACACUAUCACUGGAGCUGAUUCUUCGCAGUUGCUGGAAGUGUCGGGCUCCUGUGUCAAUCAUUCUGUGACAGAUGAACCACCCAAAAUGCACUGCAGCGCUGAAGGGGAGUGGCUGGUGCCCAUCGGGAAAUGCAUGUGCAAGGCAGGAUAUGAAGAGAAAAAUGGCACCUGUCAAGUGUGCAGACCUGGGUUCUUCAAAGCCUCACCUCACAGCCAGAGCUGCAGCAAAUGUCCACCUCACAGUUAUACCCAUGAGGAAGCUUCAACCUCUUGUGUCUGUGAAAAGGAUUAUUUCAGGAGGGAGUCUGAUCCACCCACAAUGGCAUGCACAAGACCCCCCUCAGCUCCUCGGAAUGCCAUCUCAAAUGUUAAUGAAACUAGUGUCUUUCUGGAAUGGAUUCCUCCUGCUGACUCUGGUGGAAGGAAAGAUGUGUCAUAUUAUAUUGCAUGCAAGAAGUGCAACUCCCAUGCAGGUGUGUGUGACGAGUGUGACGGUCAUGUCAGGUACCUCCCCCAGCAAAUCGGCCUGAAAAAUACCUCUGUCAUGAUGGUGGAUCUGCUCGCUCACACAAACUAUACCUUUGAGAUUGAGGCAGUGAAUGGAGUGUCCGACCUGAGCCCAGGAGCCCGGCAGUAUGUGUCUGUAAAUGUAACCACAAAUCAAGCAGCCCCCUCUCCAGUCACCAAUGUGAAAAAGGGGAAGAUUGCAAAAAACAGUAUCUCUUUGUCUUGGCAAGAGCCAGAUCGCCCCAAUGGAAUCAUCCUGGAGUAUGAAAUCAAAUAUUUUGAAAAGGACCAAGAGACCAGCUAUACAAUUAUCAAAUCUAAAGAGACAACUAUAACUGCAGAAGGCUUGAAACCAGCUUCAGUAUAUGUCUUCCAAAUUCGAGCACGCACAGCAGCAGGCUAUGGUGUCUUCAGUCGAAGGUUCGAGUUUGAAACCAUCCCAGUGUCAGUUGCAGCAUCCAGCGAUCAAAGCCAGAUUCCUAUAAUUGCUGUGUCUGUGACAGUGGGAGUCAUUUUGUUGGCAGUGGUUAUCGGCUUCCUCCUCAGUGGAAGUUGCUGCGAAUGUGGCUGUGGAAGGGCUUCUUCCCUGUGCGCUGUUGCCCAUCCAAGCCUAAUAUGGCGGUGUGGUUACAGCAAAGCCAAACAAGAUCCAGAAGAGGAAAAGAUGCAUUUUCAUAAUGGGCACAUUAAACUGCCAGGAGUAAGAACUUAUAUUGAUCCCCAUACCUAUGAGGAUCCUAAUCAAGCUGUCCAUGAAUUUGCCAAGGAGAUAGAAGCUUCAUGCAUCACCAUUGAAAGAGUUAUCGGAGCAGGUGAAUUUGGUGAAGUUUGUAGUGGACGUUUGAAACUUCCAGGAAAAAGAGAAUUACCUGUGGCAAUCAAAACUCUGAAAGUAGGCUAUACCGAAAAGCAACGCAGAGAUUUCCUGGGUGAAGCAAGUAUCAUGGGGCAGUUUGAUCAUCCUAACAUCAUUCACUUAGAAGGUGUAGUGACCAAAAGUAAACCAGUGAUGAUAGUGACAGAGUAUAUGGAAAAUGGCUCCUUAGAUACAUUUUUAAAGAAAAACGACGGGCAGUUCACUGUGAUUCAGCUUGUUGGCAUGCUGAGAGGCAUCGCUGCGGGAAUGAAGUACCUUUCCGACAUGGGCUACGUGCACAGAGACCUUGCUGCCAGAAACAUCUUAAUCAACAGUAACCUUGUGUGCAAAGUGUCUGACUUUGGACUUUCCAGAGUGCUGGAAGAUGAUCCUGAGGCAGCCUACACCACAAGGGGAGGCAAAAUUCCAAUCAGAUGGACUGCCCCAGAAGCUAUCGCUUUCCGAAAGUUUACCUCUGCCAGUGAUGUCUGGAGCUAUGGAAUCGUGAUGUGGGAGGUUGUGUCUUACGGAGAGAGACCCUACUGGGAGAUGACCAAUCAAGAUGUGAUUAAAGCAGUUGAGGAAGGCUACCGUCUGCCAAGCCCCAUGGACUGUCCUGCUGCUCUCUACCAAUUAAUGCUGGAUUGCUGGCAGAAAGAACGAAAUAGCAGGCCCAAGUUUGAUGAAAUCGUCAACAUGUUGGACAAGCUGAUACGUAACCCAAGUAGCUUGAAGACGCUGGUUAAUGCAUCGAGCAGAGUAUCUAAUUUAAUGGCAGAACACGGCUCACUGGGAUCUGGGGCCUACAGAUCAGUAGGUGAAUGGCUAGAAGCAAUCAAAAUGGGCCGGUAUACAGAGAUUUUCAUGGAAAAUGGAUACAGUUCAAUGGACGCUGUGGCUCAGGUGACCUUGGAGGAUUUGAGGCGGCUUGGAGUGACUCUUGUCGGUCACCAGAAGAAGAUCAUGAACAGCCUUCAAGAAAUGAAGGUGCAGCUGGUAAAUGGGAUGGUGCCGUUGUAACUUCAUUUUAAUGUCACUUCCUCGAGUGAAUGAUUCUGCACUUUGUAAACAAGCUCUGAGAUUUAUUUUAACAAAAAAGGGGAAAAAGGGAAUACUCAGUGAUUUCUAAACCUUAGGGAGCAUUUGUUUCAGCCACAGAAUUUGUAACCAGUGUUUUCCUAAAAUCUCCUUAUCUUCCUCUUGGUGUCUUCAUUUUUCAUGAAGCAAAUAUAACCUGCAUGGAAUAAGAACAUGAGGUUAAAUGUUAUCUUAUGUUACAACAGCAAAAUCCUCCCCACUGCUUCUAGAAAAUUUUGUACAAGAAAUAUAUAACUCUAUACAGCACCUUUAUAGACUGAAUUAAGGCAGCCCCUCUCAAAACUUCCCAGAAUCUACUUGAAAGGAAAAGUCGUAUAGCCAUUUGUGGGCUAACAAAAGCUGCAAUUUACUGAAGUUUACUUCAAGUCGUAAUUGUCUACAUAAGUGUAUUGAAGAGCAAUAUGGUUAGAUAAUUUCUUAAUAGAUAUCUUCUUUUGUAAUUUUAAAAUGCUGUUACACAGCGUUAAGUUAUAGAAACUAGUGUAUAAACAUGUUGCUUGAGUGAGGACAAGUACAAUACAGGGUGUAUAUUUAUUUUUCUGUGUUAUAAAAUUUACUUUUAGUUGCUCUUCUAGAAACUAUUAGGUAAUAAAUGUGUAUAUACUGUAUAAUUUGCCAUAUACCCAGGAAUCAAUUUAAGUUGGAAUUUUGUGUGUGUAUGCUUUCACAUGUGUGCAUUACCAUUCUGCUUGCAUUUUUAAUGGCAUUUUAAUUUUAGUAACAUACAGGAACAAGUGUUCCAGAGUAGAAUAUCGAUAAGAAAAAUAGGGAAGCAGUAAAACAAAAUUGAACACAAGCUUGUGUCUUUUUUCCUCUCAUGUGUCCAAAAGCUACUAAAUCUCUUCAUUCACUAACAGGAAAUGUCUAUAAGAUUAAAUCCCCUUUGGCUUUUUAAAAACACUUUGUGAUAUCUGUGACAAUGGAGUUCUUCUAGCCAUUAAUCUUGCACCCCUGUAAGAAAUUUCACCUUUCUGAGUCCCAGAAAAUAUCUUGUCAAGCAAAGUUGACACCGAAGGGCACAUUUUCCGCAGGAUGUAGAAGGAUUUAA